AUGGUCACUGGUCACUCAACUUUUGUCACUGCUAAAGAAUACUUGUGCCUCUCGUGUUUCAUCAUCUUAGCCAUAAAAAAGAUUAUUAUCACAUCUCAAUCUCGUGUAGCAAAUGAAAGUCUUGGUGUUAUUCCCAAAGAAAUCGGAAAUUUGACCCAGCUUAAGUGGAUGUAUCUUGACAGCAAUAAACUCCAAGGUGCCAUUCCCAAAGAAAUCGGAAAUUUGACCCAGCUUAAGUGGAUGUUUCUGUCAGCAAUAAACUCCAAGGACUUUUCAAAUAAUAGCCUAAGCGGUAGCCUUCCAGAAAACAUGUGUCAACAUCUUCCUAAUCUUGAAAUGUUGUGCAUGUCUCAUAAUCAACUCACUGGUCCAAUUCCACAGAGACCAUUCCAAAGAAAUUGGAAACUUGAUCAGCUUAAAGAGAUUUAUCUUGGAUACAAUAACCUCCAAGGUGAGAUACCAUAUGAAAUUGGUAAUCUUCGUAAACUUGAGAUUUUAAAUCUUGACUCUAACAACCUUGUAGGUCCUGUCCCAGCUGCUAUUUUCAACAUAUCAACAAUAACAAGCCUUUCACUCAUGUCCAAUAAGCUUUCGGGAAUUCUCCAUCAUCCGCAGAGUUCCAAAUCUUGA